AUGACUAAAUCUGUAGAUACACUGCUGAUCCCGGGCCCUAUUAUCCUAAGUGGAGCAGUCCAGAAGGCUCUGGACGUUCCCUCCUUGGGCCAUACUUCCCCUGAGUUCGUCUCUAUUUUCCAAAGGGUUCUAAAGAACACUAGAACUGUCUUCAAAUCCGCCGCUGCCUCCAGGUCGCAGCCCUUUGUGCUUGCCGGCUCUGGUACGUUGGGGUGGGACAUAUUUGCCUCGAACUUUAUUCUUUCUAAGGCCCCGAACAAGAACGUGCUGGUCGUAUCCACCGGGACGUUUUCUGACAGGUUUGCUGACUGUCUACGUAGUUACGGUGCGCAAGUAGAUGUUGUUAGGCCUCUCAAGAUAGGUGAGUCUGUUCCUUUAGAAGUGAUUACUGAAAAGUUGUCACAAAAUAAUUAUGGCGCUGUUACUGUUACACAUGUUGACACUUCAACGGCGGUACUGUCCGACUUGAAAGCCGUUUCGCAAGUCAUUAAGCAGGCAUCGCCGGAAACGUUCUUCGUAGUCGAUGCUGUAUGCUCGAUUGGAUGCGAAGAGUUUGAGUUUGAUGAGUGGGGGGUGGAUUUUGCCUUAACCGCAUCGCAGAAGGCUAUUGGUGCUCCGGCAGGUCUUUCUAUCUCACUGUGCAGUAGCAGAUUCAUGGAUUAUGCACUUAACGACAGCGAAAAUGGUCAGGUACAUGGCUAUUUCUCCUCAUUGAGAAGAUGGACACCAAUAAUGCAAAACUACGAGGCUGGUAAAGGAGCUUAUUUUGCAACUCCACCCGUACAACUGAUUAAUAGCCUCGACGUAGCUUUAAAAGAGAUUCUCGACGAGGGGUUAAACAAGAGAUGGGAUUUACAUCGUGAAAUGAGCGACUGGUUCAAAGACAGCUUGGUUAAUGGCUUGCAACUGACAUCCGUCAGCAGAUAUCCUUCAAACAUGUCUGCGCACGGGUUGACGGCCGUAUACGUGGCAGACCCUCCCAGCGUCAUUGCGUUUUUAAAGUCACACGGUGUAGUCAUUGCCGGAGGUAUUCACAAGGACAUCGGGCCCAAGUACAUCCGUAUUGGGCACAUGGGUGUGACCGCUUGCAACAAAAAUUUACCGUACAUGAAGAACUGCUUCGACUUAAUAAAACUUGCUCUUCAAAGAAAAAAGUGA